UUCAAGCUGUGUAGCGCUGUGGUAGUGAUGAGGAAAUGUUCUGGAAAAGAGAUCUUUGUUGUUUUCUCUUUUUUCCCCUCCACCAUAUCUCAUCAUUUCAUUGAGUGGAUUCAGCUGGAUGGUUUAAUAUUUUAAACAACCCUUUCUUCAGAUCCUUAGUCUUACUUUGCCGUGGGAAUAUUUCCAGGGCUGCAGAGCUCCUGUACAUGGCACAUGGGCAGCAGGUCCUGGCAGACACUUCACAACUGCUUGUUGUCACCAGAUAUUUAAGAUAGGAACACAAGUGCAUGAGGCAGCAUUGGGUCCCAUGGUGAAGGGAAACUUGUAAAGGUGGCUACACACUGUUGUACUUGCACACUUCAUUAAUGGCUCAAUUAUUUUGGUUUUUUGUUUUUUGUGUGUGUUUAGGAUGUAUAAAGGUUAAGUGCUAAGCGCCAAAAUGAGCGUGACUUCGUGGUUCUUGGUGAGCAGCACUGGCAUUCGCCAUCGGCUCCCUCGGGAGAUGAUAUUUGUUGGCAGAGAUGACUGUGAACUGAUGCUCCAGUCCCGCAGUGUGGAUAAGCAGCACGCUGUAAUCAACUAUGACAAGGAGAAGGAUGAGCACUGGGUGAAGGAUCUCGGCAGCUUAAAUGGAACGUUUGUCAAUGAUGUGAGGAUUCCUGACCAGAAGUACAUCACCCUGAAACUGAACGAUGUCAUUCGCUUUGGCUAUGAUUCAAAUAUGUAUGUCCUGGAACAAAUUCAACACAAAGUCCCUGAAGAAGCAUUAAAGCAUGAGAAGUACACCAGCCAACUCCAGAUGAAUUACAAAGGCACGACCAUGAAGAGGGCGGAGCAGCCCAUGGAGCACUGUGUCUUCUCAGAGUCCCCACAAGCAAAGCUGGAGAAAGGAGAGAGGAAAGCAAUUACAGAAACAAAUACUUAUCGCACCCCUCUCUAUGGGCAGCCCUCCUGGUGGGGGGAAGAUGAUGCAAAUAACAAGGAGGAGAGAAGGCAAGAGGAACAUUACUCAGAGAGAUCAAAAGAAACAACCCAACAUGAAGAGGAACUGAAUGGGAAUAUUUCUACUUAUAGAGAUGCCCAAGAACAAUCUGUGUUUGCCUUCCGGAGAGAGCCAAGUUAUUUUGAGAUUCCAACUAAAGAAUUCCAGCAGCCAUCAAAAUCUCCAGAAACACAGGUUCAUGAGAUCCCAACAAAGGAUGUUGAUGCUGUGGUAGCCCCUGUGGUGCAGAGUCAUGCCUCUUUCACCAUUGAAUUUGAUGAUGGUACCCCUGGUAAAAUAAAGAUAAAAGACCACGUAACUAAAUUUUCACUCCGACAGAGAAGACCCUACAGUAAGGAACCAGCCCAUACAGAAGUGAUGUCAGCAGAGAGCAAAGUGGCUGACUGGCUUGUCCAGAAUGACCCAAGCCUGAUGAGAAGGCAGUCUGCAGGAGAUGAUGUUUACAGUACCAAGAGUGACCUGCCAGUUCAUGUAAGGACGCUUAAAGGUUCCUGGUCGUUGACUGAAUCCUGUUGUGUGCCUUCAUACCCGUUUCCUUCUCCAAAAAAAGGCAACAGGCACGAGGACGGGACACAGAGCGACACCGAAGACCCCAAGGCGGAGAAGGAGACGACGACGGGUGGGGAACGUCCGACAGAGCAGACGAGGCUGCAGCGCCAGAUGAGGCGUGACCCCCACGAGAUGCUGCACAACAAGCAGGCCUUUGUCAUCGAGUUCUUCGAGGACACGCCGCGGAAGAAACGGUCCCAGUCCUUCACGCACAGCGCUCACUCAUCCCAGAGCGACACGGAUCCGGGGCUGAAGAACAAGGUUGAAAAGCGCAAGAACGCGUUGCCGGCAGAGAAGCCGGGAAAUUCAGUGCCACCAUCCCACCUUACAGCCCAGGCAGGCAAACCCACCACCAGCUCCUGUGGGACCCAAAGAACAAGCUCCUUCAAGAGAGAGAAGACAGAGGAUCGGAUCAACUCUUCAUCCUCCUCUGCUCCCAGAGCCAAAAGUUAUGGGAGCGUCGGGAGGAAGUCGAAGAUGGCUCAGGAUUUUAUGGCUGAGUACUUGCGUGAGACUGCUCAGUCUGGGAAGCCAAAUGCUGAGAAACCAGUGCCUGUGCCAGUAGCUCCACGUGUGGUUAUAUCCUCGGAACCAGAACCUGCCUGUGCUCCACCUCCUGAGGUGAAGUCUGCCCAGGGCAGGAGGAAUGAUGAGGAAGACAGUGUAAGUGAGACAGGCACGUACACCAUUGAGACAGAGUCGCAGGACAAAGAGGUGGAGGAAGCGCGAAAAAUGAUAGAUCAGGUUUUUGGCGUUCUUGAAUCACCUGAGUUUUCCAGAAUCUCUUCAGCGUUUAGACCAAUAAUUAAAGGUGAAAAAGAGGACUCGGAUUCUCAGCAGCUAAUCAGUGAAAAUGGCACUAGUCAGAAGUCACCCUUGCUCCAGGCAUUUUCCUCAAAAGCUGUGAAUGGGUCUCAGGCUGAAGCGCAGAUGUCUGCAGCAUCUCAAGGGAGUCAGAAGUGGGUGUCGAGAUGGGCGAGCCUUGCGGACAGUUACUCUGACUCUGCAGCUGUGUCUGGGCAGGGUGAUGGAAGUGCAGAAAGCGGGAUACCGCCAAAACCAGGGGAACCAGAAAACUCUGUGCCCUCGAGAACAAGGCGCCUUCUUCCCCAGCUCCCACCCAGUGAUAAAUCAGACAGCCCCACUCCCACGGUCUUGGUGUGCCAGGAGUCCUAUUCGGAGGUUACCAAGAGAACCAUUGUGAAGGACCACUGUGUGGAAGCCUAUGGUGAUUCCAGCAGCCACCUCUUCAUCCAAGAAGACCUGGAUCCAGAUAGCCUCAGUGAUGCCAGCAGAUCUGACGAUGGCUUCAGCACAGAAAAAGGCAAGAAAUAUAAAGAGAACAGCAAAAUGCUAGAGCAGGUGAGGGAAGAAAAUAGAUCAGAGAGCCAGCAGCCAGGAGCCUCCCGGAUCUCUCACAUGAGAGCUGUGAGUGAGCCAGUUUCUACUUCGUUCUACAUUGGUGAUGACAGCAGUGAUGCAGGGGUUCCCUCCAAGCUCUCUCUGAACAUGUCCCACACUCGAGCAGACAAGGACGGCCACGAUCCGGAGUUUUCCUUCAAGUGUGCUGGCACAUCAGUUUCUGGAAAGCCGCCGGUCAAAGAUGUUAGUGCUUAUAUAAACGCAGCUGGAAAAGUUGUUAUUUCCCUUCAUCAGAGUCUUCCUCAAGAUCAAGAAAACACAUCAGGAAAGGAAACAGCAUCUUUUGUUAGACAGGAAAGUUUUACCAAAGAUAAAUCAAGCAGUGGUGUUCCUCAAAAUAAACUCCCACAUAUUUCAAGUCAUCCUCUGCUUAAAGAUUUAGAGGCUGUUCGGUCAACUCGUAUGGAUUUUAGUCAGGAUACUCAUUUUCUGCUUAAGGAGACUGAAACUGCCUUGGCAGCACUGGAAGCCAAAUUGCUUGCUCAAAGCCAACAGCUGGAGCCCUCGGAAAGUGCUGGUCAGCUGGAGGACUCCUUAUCAGGGGACUCAGAUGUCGACACAGCCAGCACAGUCAGCUUGGUGAGUGGCAAAAACGUCCCAGCAAGUGCCCCAAAACGCAAAGCAGUCGCAGGUUUGCAGAAGGAGAAAUCUUCCUCCACGCCAUCCAUCCAGGACCAGUGUGGGCAGCCCAGCGCUCGGGACAGGCUGACGGAGAAGCGGAAAACACAAGCACCAGAGGCACCAAACAGAGCAGAGGCUGCCAAACGCUUCCAGAUGAAGCGGAGCGCUGGGACUCGAGGGUCACUUGACUUCACAGAUGACGAGAGAAGUUCAAACUCGCCCUACCUGCCAGUCCCAGAUGCAGUUGUGUCUGACCAUGAGCACUCGGUAACCCGGCCUGCUCCCAGGAGGAAACCUUACACUCAGGCCACCAAGGAGGACCAGAGCAAAACAACCUCAAACGUGCAGAAAAUCCAGCAGGUUCUCACCCGUUCCAACAGUUUAUCCACCCCCAGGCCUACGAGGGCCUCAAAGCUACGCCGUGCCCGGCUGGGAGAUGCUUCGGACAACGAAUGUGUGGAUGCUGAGAAAACAGCCUCCAACUCGGACGUUGCUGUUCAGGGCACCAAGCAGCCUACAGAGACAAAGAAGCUCUCUCGGCUGGACAUCCUGGCCAUGCCCAGGAAACGGGCAGGCUCGUUCACAGUGCCCAGUGACUCGGAGACGGCGCAGUCGAGGACGGGGUUUUCGGGCCGCAGCGCCGAGUCCUAUCGGAAGACGGGUGUUUCAGAGGUGAGAGCUGCAGCCAGGAAAACGGCAGCUGCUGCUGCCUCUGCCAAGCAGCCUUUCAGCAGGACCCGUUCAAGCAGUGUCAAGUAUUCCUCCUCAUCAUCCUCAUCAAGGCGGAGACCACAGGGUUCAGAUUACACUUCUACUUCGGAGGAGGAAUAUGGCUCAAAUCACAGCUCCCCUAAACACAAACGCUCCCAUACUUCAACAGCCACACAAACACCGAGGAUACGUGGCUCUGGGCUGGGCAAGCAGAAGCACAACAGCAGAGAAACGGAUGACGAUGAAGAUUUUGAUGACAACCCUGACCCCUACAACUUCAUGGCGCAAACAGCAGAGAUAGCAGAAAUAGCCAGGCUCAGCCAAACCUUGGUGAAGGAUGUGGCCAUCCUUGCUCGAGAGAUUCACGAUGUUGCUGGAGAUGGGGACUCACAGAGUUCUUCGGGAACAGGACCCAGCACCUCCCUCAGCUCUGUGCCCAACACUCCAGCUUCCACCAUAUCUGCAAGAGAAGAGAUUGCUCGUAGAUCUUUUCGGCUGGCAUAUCCAUCUCAGCUGGUGCAGCACAUUCCAGAAGCAAGUCUGAACUACCAGAAAGUGCCUCCGGGAUCAGUGGAACUGAAGGAUUUUGACCAAAAUAUGAAUGAUAAUAGAGAAGAGGAACCCUCAAGAAAAACAAGGACAAGAAACCGUGAGGAGGUAAUCUUUGACAAUCUGAUGUUGAACCCAGUGUCCCAGUUAUCACAUACAAUCCGUGAAAAUACGGAAAACCUCGCUGAAAAAAUGAAGAUUCUGUUUCAAAACUCAGAAAGGACCUGGGAGGAGAUGGAGGCCAAAAUCAAUUCAGAAAAUGAAGUGCCAAUUCUGAAGACAUCAAACAAAGAAAUCAGUUCUAUCCUGAAGGAGCUCAGGCGAGUUCAGAAACAGCUUGAAGUCAUAAACGCUAUCAUUGACCCUACUGGAAACUUGGAUAUAGUUGCCAGUAACAAAGCAUCUUCUGCUGCUAAACAGUCUACAGCCACUAAAGUUAGGACUGCUAACAAUUCUGGGUCCACACUGGAGACUUUGUCCCUAGCACAGAUGAGAAGCUACACUCAGAAAUCGAACUGUGGGUCUUCUAGCUUACAAGAUUCGAAUUUCAUUCCAGAUGGAGAGAAAUAUGUGAUCUGA